AUGAUCCACAACAAUACAAAUGAGGAAAAUGUACUCUCAUCUUCCUCUUUCUCGUCCUCCUCGUUUAUGGACCGAGAGUGGAGCUUGAUUCACUAUGAUCAAGCUUCACAGGAGAGUUUGAUGUUCAAUAUUGUAAAGGUAACGUUUCUAAUUUCGAGUCGUACUGACCCUGUUGUUGACUUUGUCCCAUUCAAACUUUACAGUAGCUUGAAAUAUAAGUUUAGCAUGGAAGUUGAAGCAGAGAGCGUUAAUGUACAGACGACGACGAAAAAGUUCUCGAGUGCACUGCUCUCUGAUGAAGAUGACCAGCAAACAACAAUGAAGUCAUUGUUGAAUACAAACGGUCAGAGCUACGGAACGAAAGAAACGACGCUACCACAAAAACUUUUGGCAGACAUUGAUAUUGUGAACAGCCAAGAUGGAACUUCACUUCUCCAUACAUCUAACAACAAUACAGGUAAGAAGAAGGAAAUUCUGAAAGGAGAAACACAUCUUUCUCUCCAAUCAACGCGCGAAGAGCGAAAACCCAUCAUUGCCAAAAGGAAAUAUCGUCGAUCAACAACCUCAAAACAACAUAACGGUAAGGACAAUGACAACAUGACCCAUGAGGACGAUUACAGCAGCACUCAUAGCGAGGACUCUCUUGACAGCCAGUCGUCUUCACAACAACGAACGACUGACAACCAUCAUACGCCACAACCAGCACGAACACUGCUCACUUGUAACACUAAAUUUCAAUUCAGUGAUGUUGCGUAUCAUCACCAAAAGGAAAACGUUUGUAUGAGAGUUAGCUUGUACACACCCGAGGCUUACUCUCAAGGUAAGCAAAAACCUCUUAUUGUUAUGGUAAGUGCACCAUUCCAAGUAUAUGGAAGAAGAACUACCGAACAGAGAGAUGAGGAAGUCACUAAAAAGAGACUCUACAUGGAACAAGCCAAGGACGUUGAUCCAUAUGAGACCUUCCUUUCCAAGAAGCUCAAGUUAACCAUGAGCGAUGAUGAAAAACUCCGACUCUAUGAAAAGCAACUUGCAUCAUUGAUGGAAACACUAAGAACAUUGCCCAACGAAGAGCAACAAUUGGCCUUCAUGCAAGCCUUCAGAUGCUUGGUGGAUGGUUGUGACCAACCUGAAUGUUUGGACGCAACCACUACCUCCUUGGAAUACAUGCAAGAGCAUGAGGGAGACGAGGUUACUGCCUCUAAUUUCUCAACCCACGAAGCACCAACAAUGGAACCCCUUACGGAAGAUCCGCUCUAUGCAGAAUUUUGGCUGUGUGAUCCAAACUCGUCCUCAUUCCACUCUUCUGUUCAAUGUGACACUACCCAAGAGCUCUCCUCAACCAGCAACGCCAUUACUUCUCCCUCAAACAUUUACUCGUGUGAAGAAUUGUCAUGUUCUCAUGAAGAUCCUUACUCGCCUCUUCUCAAGAAAGAUCAAUUCGAUGACUUUGACAUCUCUCGAUACUCCGAAAUGGAUUCUCUGAACUUUUUCGACUCAGAUACCUCCGAAGGCUCUGACUCUCAAUCGAACUCAUUAGACCCAUCCUUGGACCUAUUAAGCAGUUUUUAA